GACUAUUGCGAACAGAAGCUUCAAGAGCUUCAAUUAUCCUUCACCAAAACGAUCGACCAAGUAACCGAGAGGAUGCAGGCGGAUUUGAGGUUCACGGAGGAUCGCCUCGCUGAGCUGGUGGAAUCGGAGAAGAACGCCCGCUCUGCGCAGCUCUUGGACCUAGGGCGCCAGGUGGAUCAUAAGAACGCCGAGAUCUCGGAUAUGGUGCGAUCCCAGGUGGAGCUAAGAGACCAGCUGGCAACGCGAGAAGACUUGAGGUUCACGGAGGAUCGCCUCGCUGAGCUGGUGGAAUCGGAGAAGAACGCCCGCUCUGCGCAGCUCUUGGACCUAGGGCGCCAGGUGGAUCAGAAGAACGCCGAGAUCUCGGAUAUGGUGCGAUCCCAGGUGGAGCUAAGAGACCAGCUGGCAACGCGACAAGACUUGAGGUUCACGGAGGAUCGCCUCGCUGAGCUGGUGGAAUCAGAGAAGAACGCCCGCUAUGCGCAGCUCUUGGACUUAGGGCGCCAGGUGGAUCAUAAGAACGCCGAGAUCGUGGAGAUGGUGCGAUCCCAGGUGGAGCUAAGAGACCAGCUGGCAACGCGACAAGACUUGAGGUCAGUGGUGGAGAGCGCCCACUCUGAAGACUCGCGGAGCCCCGAGGGCGCUCUGAGCGCCACAUUGGACACCAAGUUACAGGUCCUGGACGCGGCGUUGGCAGAUCUGCAGCGGGAACUGCAAACGUGUAAGGAGCAUUCCUUUAAUCAAAGCUCAGAGGUUGAGCAGAUGGUGAUUAAGGCCCUGAGCAAUGAAGUGAACAAACGCUUUCAUGGUUUGGAGUCGCAGAUGCACAAAACCAACUUUGAUGCAGCGUCAGUCUUCGCACGUUUGGAUUCUGUGGAAGCAGACACCCUCAAGCUGAGCCGUGAGUCCCACGAUUUCGCAAGCCUUCGCUCCGACGUGGAAGCGGUGAAACGCCGCCUGUUGGUCCAAACGGACCGUCCCAGCAUCGCGGCCACGGGCCUGACGGGCCUGGAAUCGUCGACACGGAGACGGUUCCCACCGGAGUUGCGGGAAAACAUCAGCAAUUUGGUGCAGAAGGUGGGCGAAACAGUAAAUCAAGGUCUACCCGGAGAUGAAGUGACCUCAGAUACGGCCUCCUCCUUCCACUCGGGAGCCAAGUCUGGCUCCGAUCUGCCGGAGCAGCUGCAACAGCAGCUGAGGGACGGCACUGUGUCACAGGAAGGCUACCGCCAGGCCCUCGUUGUGAUGCAGCAGCUGAAGGAACGUAACGACUCCUUGCGUGAGAAGAAUGCCGAGUUGGUUGAGGAGAUGUUUGUGCCCGACCCUCGAGUUUCCGUGCCCUUACCGUCCUGGAGCGCUGACCAGAUGAUUCCUGCAGAGGUCCGAGGUGGUUCAGCCAUGCUCCCAGUUGCACCAUAUCAGCGCCACACCACCGGUGCCAUGCGCUCCAGUUCCCCUGGAUCCCACACGCGCGUCCUGGACCGCGCCAAGAUGGCGGCCGUGCCAACAGCCGUGCCAACGGCUGUUCCCGCUGUGAUAGGAACCCCAGUGCUGGUCUCUCGAGUGCCGGCUGUACCAGCGGUGAGCGGUACAGUUCCCCGAACGGGGAGCCCUGAUCGUCGACAGUAUUUCUAAUACUUCUAGAAUUUGAUCCUCCGCUGACAGAAAAUGUGCGGCGGUGACAGGAGUCAAGUUUGAAUCUGACCACCAGUUUGACCUGUGCAAAUCAUGGGCCUGCUUCCAGCUUGCAAGAUCAAUAAAAAUUAAUUCCCAAGACUGCUCAUCCAGCCAAAUUUCAACCAGAGAACCGCAUCUUUCCACCUCGGCUACAC